GUGCUGUCCCUAGGGGCUCUGAGCACCUAUAGGUGUCAGGAGAAGGCUGUGCUGUCCCUAGGGGCUCUGAGCACCUAUAGGUGUCAGGAGAAGGCUGUGCUAUCCCUAGGGGCUCUGGGUUCCGGUAGGUUGCAGGUUCCACCCGGAGCGGCCCAAACGGACCCACUUCCGCCGUGAGUUCCGCUGCCCGGCCCCGGUAGCACCAUGAGAGCGCCACCGGCCCGCUCCUUUCGCCUGCUCCCCGGAGCCUGCGGGACGCCAGCGCCCGGGCUCGUCUACCAGCAGGGGCAGAGCCCAGAGCCGCGGAUCCGGGAGUACUUUUACUACGUCGAUCAUCAAGGGCAGCUUUUCCUGGAUGACACCAAAGUGAAGAAUUUCGUCACUUGCUUCAAAGAUGUGGCCUUCCUCAGCUUCUUCUUCAAACGGCUGGAGCCGAACCGCAGCGGGCGCUACGAGAGCCACUUCCCCUUCCUGUCGCGCUGCGGACGGGAGCGCAACUUCCUGCGCUGUGAGGACCGACCCCUGGUCUUCACCCAGCUCCUGCCCGGCCCUGCUGCCAGCCAGCUCCUCUCCUACUGCGGGGGCGGGCAGAGCCUGGUGGUGCCCUUCCAGCCGCAGAGCCUAGCCAUGGCACCAGCAAACGGGCGGCUCUACCACCCGGCACCAGCCAGAGCAGGCGGCGUGGGCCUGGUGCGGUCGGCACUGGCAGUGGAGUGGAGCUCCUGUUUCCAAUAUGACCAGGGCCCAGAGCAGCCCCCAACACAUUUCAACUGGCAGGGGCGCCAGUACCAGCUCACUGGAGAGUUGUUGCCACUGCUGGAUGCCAGUGGAGAUGAGGAGACGCCAGUUGUGCCCGUGGUGCCACGGCAGGGAUGAGGUGGGGGCAUGCCAAAUGUCACCAGCAGCUUCAUGGUGAGGGGUGGUGGAGACUGGCACCAGAUCAUGGCAACAGUGAUGGUGCUGUGGGGUGGGGGCUUGCAUGGCAGGUGCCACCACAGUGGGUGCCACCAUGAUGAGGUGGGUUCUGCUAUGGUGAGUGCCACUGUAGUGGGAAGGUUGUUGGCAUGGUGGGUGUCACAGUGGUGAGGUAGGUGUCGUGAUGGUGGGGACGUUGCUACCAUGAUGGAUUUCAUGAUGGUGAGAUGGGUAGCACCACAGUGGGUGUCACCAGGGUGGGACAGGUCCUGCUGUAGUAGGUGAGAUGAUUGAAUGAGUGCUACCAUGGUGGGGUGGCUGCUGCCCUGAUGAGGUGGGCAUUGCCCUGGUGGAUGUCAUGACAGUGGGAUGGUUGCUGUGAUAAUUUGUGCCAUGAUGGUGGGGUGGGUGUUGCCAUGGCAUUAUGGGUGCCACCACUUGACCACAAUCCCCAUUAAAAACUCACUGAACCCCCUGUGGCCAA